UUUUAGGGUUUUGCAAUAUCGAUUCUUGAAUAAUGGAGAAGCCUGCGAAGGAGGCAGCUGCGGCCCCAGUAUCUUUAUAUUGGGACAUAAAGAGGUUUCCGGUCCCCGAAGGCUAUGAUGCUCGUCGUGUGGGUCCGAGUAUCAAACGGAAUUUGAGGAAGUUAGGCUACAGUGGUCCUGUCACCAUCAUUGCCAUUGGCGUACUAACAGAGGUCCCCCUUGACAUCCUUGAAUCCCUCUAUUCUACUGGGAUCACUUUUAAGAACGUGGGCUGCACUCCCAGAGACGCUAUGAGUCUAUUCAUUGACUUUUAUAGUACUGCUCCAACCCCCGAUAAUAUGGUGUUCCUAUCCGCUCCACCAAACUGCUUUCAGCCAUUCUACUAUACGCGUGUUGACAAGUUACGUAAGAAGGGACACUACUNAAGAAGGGACACUACACUAGUUUACUGUUUGCACGUAAUUCUCAAGAACAAAAGUGCCUCUGGGAAGAUAACUUGCUUCUGGCAGAUCCAGGGGUACUCGAGGGGGCAAAGUGCGGUGGAACCUGUAAACCUUCCUUUUGGGAUUGCGAUGUGUGCAAUGGUCUUCGUGGCUACGGCUUUGAAAAUUUUCUCACCCAUCUCUCUACUCAGCAACAUAAACAAUUGUUUUCCCUCUGGAUUCCAUAUGCCACCUUUGACUCUGACUCGGAAUCUGACUCUGACGUGGAGGCUGCGUAGGACAAUAUUGAGUAAAGAUCAAGGUGAGUGAAAAGCAGCCAAAAGG